GAACCACAAUCGUGAACCAAAUCAGCAUGACUAUCCAUCUAGGCUCAUUUAGAUCACACACCUCAUCAGCUGACAACGCGCUUCCCUUGCAGCCACUUCUGUCUGGCCGCCCUGCACCCAGCUCUCGACCACCAUCUCACUCUGCACGUGUCUGUGAGGCACCGAUUCCUCGUCGCGUCAUCGUUCCAUCCAGACCGACGCGACUUGGUCUCGCGCCGCUCAUCCCAGCCACUCCUGCGAAUUGAGGUUCGUCUCACGAACUUUCUCUGCGGCCGAAGUGAUCCACGCCACAAGAGAGGAGGCCUCCUGAGACUCAAGAUCGCUGUAGGCGCAUACAUCGGGCGGGAAGCUUCAUCUGCUGAGUCCAGCCAACUUGGAAGGCAGACGUAGCGUGGAUUGCAGGCAGUAGACGAGAUAGCACCGCAACGAGGUAGCAAGCAACAUGUCGUUGUGCACAAUGAGGCUCGCCGAAGAGCGGAAGCAGUGGAAGAAGAAUGGUAUCUACGGAUUCUAUGCGCGACCGGUGAAGAAGGAGGAUGGGACCUUGAACUUGCUAGAAUGGGAUGUCGGCAUCCCCGGCAAACCAGACACACCUUGGGCUGGAGGAAUGUACACGCUCAAGAUGAUCUUCCCAGAGGAAUAUCCUGCCAAGCCUCCCAAGUGCAAGUUCACUCCUCCUCUCUUCCACCCAAACGUGUUCCCGAGCGGCACAGUGUGCCUUUCCAUUCUGGACGAGGAGAAAGGCUGGAAGGCAUCUUUGAACCUGAAGCAGAUUCUUCAAGGUAUCCAAACUUUGUUGACCGAGCCAAACGCUGCCGACCCCGCACAAUCGGAUGCUUUCCAGCUCUUCCAGAAGGACAAGGCUCAAUACGAGCGAAGGAUCAGGCAGCAAGCUCAUGAAAGGCGCGACACUACCUGAAGUCAUUCGCCUCGGAGAGCGAAACAUCUCCGAAGGCGCCAUCCAUUCAGCACUACGCGUAUCGUCCUCGCUCUUGCCAGGCGAGCCCGAGCUCUUUUCUCCCUCACAAUGUCAUCGGUUGUUGUAAAUUUGCGAUGGUGCAUAUGCCACGAAGCUUGGCG